UCAGGCGAAGGAGAGAAGUGUGAGAAUCAACUCCUGUGGCUCUCAGAAAUCCUUCUAACCCUUCCUGGGAUUUUCAGGUUUUUAGAAUCGUGGAGAGGGGAACAGUAGGGAAUGCAGAGAGAUGGUAGGAGCUUUGUUGGCAAAGCCUGAGUUUAGUUUGCGAGGCAAGCGCUGUAUCGGCGGCACAACUUGCCACCGGAAGCACGUGGAAGACGGGUGAUCGUCUGGUCUUCGUCUUCGUCUUCAUCCUCUUCUCCGAAAUUUUCUUCUAUUAAUUGUAAAGCAGGAAUCUUGGGGGAGUCCUCUGUAAAUUUACGUACCCAAGAUUGAGAAUUUAUUAGUUGUUAUAGUAUUUCUAUUUUCAAGUGCAAGCUGCCAGAAAUGGCUGAGAAAAGCAGAGAUGGUAAUACGACGGUUCUCCAUGGCAAGUACGAGCUAGGUCGACUUCUGGGUCAUGGCACUUUCGCCAAGGUGUACCAUGCCAGGAACUUGCAGACCGGGAAGAGCGUGGCGAUGAAGGUGGUGGGGAAGGAGAAGGUUAUAAAAGUUGGGAUGAUGGACCAGGUCAAGAGAGAGAUCUCGGUGAUGAAGAUGGUGACGCACCCGAACAUAGUUGAGCUUCACGAGGUGAUGGCCAGCAAGUCCAAGAUCUACUUCGCCAUGGAGCUCGUCCGGGGAGGCGAGCUCUUCUCAAAAAUCUCCAAAGGCCGGCUGAAAGAGGACGUGGCCAGAGUCUAUUUCCAGCAACUCAUAUCCGCCAUCGAUUUCUGCCACAGCCGCGGCGUCUAUCACCGGGAUCUGAAACCCGAGAACCUGCUUCUGGACGAGGAUGGUAAUCUCAAAGUCACCGAUUUUGGGCUCAGCGCGUUCUCGGAGCACUUAAAGCAAGAUGGGCUCUUGCACACCACUUGUGGCACACCGGCAUACGUCGCACCGGAGGUUAUUGGUAAGAAAGGUUAUGACGGCGCGAAAACCGACAUUUGGUCCUGCGGUGUCAUUCUCUAUGUCCUCCUCGCCGGUUUCCUCCCAUUCCAGGACGACAAUAUCAUCGCCUUGUACAAGAAGAUUUACCGUGGUGACUUCAAAUGCCCGCCAUGGUUCUCCUCCGAAGCUCGUAGACUAAUCACGAAGCUUCUCGACCCAAACCCAAGUACCCGAAUUACGAUAUCCAAGAUCAUGGAUUCUUCUUGGUUCAAGAAGUCGGUCCCCAAUAGCGUGAGAAGCAGCAACAAGAAGGCAGACCAGCUGGAAUUCGACGACGCGGUGUUCGAGAAAUCAUGCAAACAGCCGGAGACCCUGAACGCAUUCCACAUCAUAUCCUUGUCGUCAGGGUUCGACUUGUCGCCGCUGUUUGAGGAAAAGAAGAGGGAGGAGAAGGAAGAGCUGAGGUUCGCGACGACGAGGCCGGCGAGCAGCGUGAUAUCAAAGCUAGAGGAAGUAGCGGCCAAGGAUGGCAAAUUCAGCGUGAAGAAGAGCGGGUCCAGGAUCAGGCUCCAAGGCCAUGAAAGCGGGCGCAAAGGGAAGCUCGCCAUAGAGGCGGAUAUCUUCGCCGUGACUCCGUCAUUUCUGGUCGUGGAGGUGAAGAAGGAUAACGGUGACACAUUAGAGUACAACCAGUUCUGCAGCAAGGAGCUCCGGCCGGCGCUCAAGGACAUACUCUGGACCUCUCCGGCAGCUGACAAUUCUGCACUCGCUUGAUUAAUCAUUAAUCAGCGUGUCAUAUCGGUUGAGUGUUGUUUAGACCAUUAUUGUUGGCGACGCCAUUCCUGUUGUUACGCUUAAUAUUGUUGCUUUCAAUUAAGGUGAAAUUGAAAUAUCAAAAUUUGUAUGUCGAUCAAUGUUUGUGUUGGUGGUGGUUGUGUGUCACUGAAAAAGGUGACUGUGUGAAUAACUUUUAGCAGUUGUUGGUACAACUGCCCUGAUGUUUUCAUGUCUGUUUGAGCAUGUUCAAAGUGGAUUGGUGUGGGGUUUCUGUUCUUCUCAAA